CCAUCAACCCUUCUGUAGCUGCAACCGGGGUUGCAGGCAGAGAUUUGAGGCAGGAGAGGGGAAGCUGGUGGCCAGAACUCUUGGGUUCUGUCGGGCGAGAGUCGGCGAGAUGGGCACUAGGAUGCCUGGGUUCUCGAGGGAGUGAGUGGGGGUUUAAUACAGUAGGGGGAGCUAGAAUCCAGGUCUGUGGAGUUCCCAGGGAGAAAGGAAGGUAUAAAGGGAGGACAUGUGCAAACUAGGGAGAAGGGGCUUUAUUGUGGCGCUAUCGCAGAGUGGCAUGUUGAAGAGCAUUUGUAGGGUGCAGAGCUGAUUUGGGGGAUGCUUUCGGGAAAGAGGCUUUGAAAGGUUGCUUGGAAGACUUAAAGGGCUGCAAUGCAGUAUUGGGGUGUGAGAAUACUAAAGAAUUGUUGGGAAAUAGCGGGCAUGCAUGAGGUGUGAUGGGGGAAAGGGGUUGCAUUAUUGUAGGUGUUCUGCUCGCUUAGAGCUCCUGAUGGGGCAGUAGGCAGAAAGGUUUGGGCGGCUGUGUGUCAUACUUUUGGAUGGUCAAUAGUUUGGGUCGGUAAUGGCUAUGGUGUGUGUAUAUACAUUAGUCUAUAGGAGAGGCUAGUUGGGAAAGAAUGCUGGUAAAUUUGCUGUGCAUGCAGAGGUUUGGGGAGGAAAUCUUCAUCAGCUUAUAGGGUUGCCAACUCUGACUGAUGCUAUUCCUGGAGAUUUCUUUCCCCCCAAUAUACAUAUGUAUAUUUUACAAUAUUAAGCUACUAAAAUCUCCAUAAUUGCUUUUAAUAGUCACCUAGAGAUUGAUGCCAAUUCCUGGAGUAUUUGCAACCCUAUCAGCUUAGGAGAAAGCAAUCUUUAAUUGGGGGUGCUGUAACUUUCUUCAAAGAAUAACCAGUUGGUUGGAGACAGGCUGGUGCCUAAGCAGAUUUGGAAAAGACCCCAUUUAAUUUAUUUUGGGAGUUAUGCUUGCUUUUGGAAUAUGAAUUAUUUCAUAUUGGGGGUGUUAUAAAUUCUGUAGAUUUCAGACUUGUUUUGUGGAUAUAUAUCAUGCCUUGUUGGUUUGAGAAAGAUUUGGAUUUGACCAAGACAACACCCUCAAGCCUUCACUUAAAAAAAAACAAACCUGCACACGAACACAUUUUGGAGGUGCUGAUAAUUCUGUAAAGGGGCAGCAAACUUGGGCGUGUGUGUGCAAUCAUAUCACUUUUUAAAGGUUUCCUUGUUAACUUUAUGCGAGGUAGGAGUUUGUGUGGACUACUUAAUUCACCACCACGCUUGUUAGGGACUUUCUGAUAUCAGAGGAUUUAAAGAGACUAUAUUUACCCCCCUCUAGAUAUUCUACUGAGUGAUCUGGUUGUAUCCUGUAGUUGAUGGCUGCCUGAGUAGAAUUUGUCUCUGAAUAUCCAUUUAAUGUUGAGUAGGGUAAACUUUCCAGGGAAACAUGAGCUAUAAUUCUUGGAAGUGUAUACUCCCAUUAUAUUAGAGCAGGGAGUGAUUUAGGAGCUCGGGAAACUUUUCAUGGCACCACCUAAAUUUUAAGGAUUUGAUUGCAGAAGCUUGACUUACAUUUCUGAGACAUUUAUGUUGUUUUUGAAAACAUGCUGUAAUUAUUUGACAGGUAAAUGUGCUUUCCAGAUAUAUCAAAAUCUGGAUGCUCUGGAAAUGUGAGAGGUCUUGGGGUGGCAUAACAUAAUUCCAUAGGAGUACCUUGGUUUUUUGGUUUUUUUGGCGGUGGGGUUAGAUUACUUGGAGGUUGCACUGAAUCUGCAGGAAGCAAUAGCUGCUAAACAGAUCGGAUCAUAAAGAUUAACAGGUUACCUUUUUUAAUCGAGCUACUCUCAGCUGUGUAUCAGUUUUCCUAAGGAUAACACUGUAUCAGGGAGUGGUGGGGUUUUUCACCCUCUGAUGCUCCCCCAAGCCAUGUCGGCCUUUGGGGAUGCCCAUGAGUGGUAUAUGGGGGCUCUGAGCCGGCAGGAAGCCGCUGCCUGUCUCCAGGGACACCGCCACGGAACCUUCCUAGUACGGGAUAGCACCACAUGCCCUGGCGACUAUGUACUCUCUGUCAGUGAGAACUCCAAGGUGUCUCACUACAUCAUAAACAGCCUCCCUGGGCGUCUUCGGAUUGGGGAGCAUGAAUUCGAUGGCUUCCCUGCUCUGCUUGACUUCUACCGCCUCCACUACCUGGACACCACUACUCUGGUAGCCCCCGUGGGCCGGGUUGUGGCCCCUGCCUCUGCUCAGCCCCCUCCCGCGGGCGAAUGGGUCCGUGCCCUCUACGACUUCGUAGGCCGCGAUCAGGAAGACCUCCCCUUCACAAAGGGGGAGCCGCUGAGGGUGUUGGCCAAGCCUGAGGAGCAAUGGUGGACAGCGCAGCGCGCAGAUGGGCGUGUAGGGAUGAUCCCUGUGCCAUACGUCCAGCCCUGUCCUUAUGCUCACCCCAGCAGCCAUGGUGCCCCCCGCCAUGCUCCGGUAAUAGCAAGAGCCGUGCAGCGAAGGGUGCCUGGUGCCAGUGAUAAGACGGCCCUGGCCUUUGAGGUGGGCGACCUCAUUGCUGUCACUAAGAUGAACGUCAACGGCCAAUGGGAGGGAGAGCUGAAUGGGCGUCGUGGCCAUUUCCCUUUCACCCAUGUCAAGGUCCUGGACCCUGAGGAGACCAGCUGAACAUUUGAUGUAACCCUUGAACUUUGACUUUUCCCUGAGGGGGCCAUGACCCUUGAACUCUGCCCUGCCCUGUGAGUGUCUGGCCAUCUUGAACAUCCUAUUUUCUGACAUGAACCUUUGACCUCCCCAGUGGGCGUUUAUUGGGCGUCAAUUCAUUGAUAUUCAAUUCCUUGGAUUUUGGGCCUCUUCUUCCGCCUAGAACUCCUGACUUUUAAAUGUUGCUCCAUGACUCGCUGUUCUUAAAUGCUAUGGUAGUUGAGCCUAUAAACUUAGGCCCUGAGGGGCUCCUUCCUAUUUGCUCCCUAAGGAACACUGACCCCUUUUUGCCUUGUGAUUUCCAACUUGGUUAUAUGCCCUCGAAACUCUGAAUCUUGUGAACCUGUAAGCUCUGAGCCCUUACCUCUGUUCUUUUGAGCUUUGACUAUUGACAUCUUACCCUUGUGUAUUUUUUUGGUUUUGUUUACACCUGCUCACAUGGGGCAGGGGAAGUGCUUGGCUUUGAUAGGGUGACAGGAAUCCCACCCACCAACCUUAAUAGGACCCUCCUCUUCCCUUCCCUCCCUCCACUUGUUGUCUGUUUCAAACUGCCUUGUUAAUUAAAGUUUCUGCUGAUUAUUCCUCA